AUGAUCACUGCCGUCGCAGUGUCCACUUCUCUCGCUAUACUCGCGCCAGUCGUCGUCUUUGUCUGCAGGAUUCUGUAUCGCAACUGGACCUCGCCUCUGCACUUUGUUGACGGCCCGGCCUGUGCGAAUCCUGUCCUCGGACACUCAAAUUUGAUCGCGGAUGUUCCCGGGAUCACCAAUGAGUGGCGGGAGAAAUUCGGCGCAACAUUCAUGGCAAAGGGCUUUUUGGGCGAGAACGAGCUGCACACCACAGAUGUUAAAGCCGUGGCUCAUAUUGUCAGCCACGGGGCGACCUAUCAGAGAACGACAACAGCAUUGGCGCAGGUCACCCAGCUUCUUGGAGAAGGCAUGUUGUCCGUCGAGCACGAUCCGCACAAGUGCCAGGCAAGUUUCUUGUAUGCCGUUUCAAGACCAUAUUGUGUGUUCACCGCGUGUUCGAACCCCGCGUUCGGCGUGGCACAGAUCAGAAUCAUGAACGAGGUGUUCGUUGAGAAAGCAAACAGGCUGCGAGACCUCCUGAGACAGGAGACCGGAGACAGGGGCGGAAAAGCGAUCGUCGAUCUCUCUGGCUGGCUCACACAAGUCAUCUUCGACAUCAUCGGACAAGCCGGUAAGCAGCGCCGGAAUUGGCUCGAUCCUGCGGGGAGCCUAUACCGUAAUCUAAAGGCUUUUUGUCGUGGAUCUACCCAGAAUUUCAGAUGCCUUCGGGGCCGGUUCUACCCGUCCACUGGGUAG